UCCAAAAGUAUCACCACACACAAAAAAAAAUUUCCACUUACAUAUAGAAAAAAAAAAGUUGACUCAAAAUGACAAGUUUCCAUCUCAAGACAUACACUUAAGCAAAGACAAGUUUAAAAGUUUAAGCAAAUAUGUUAGAUAUUAACGCAUUCCUUGUUGAAAAGGGAGGAGAACCAGACAAGAUUAAGAUUUCUCAAAAAAAGAGAGGAGAUUCCGUUGAACUUGUUGAUGACAUCAUUAAUGAAUAUAAAGAAUGGACUAAGAUUAGAUUCGAUUUAGAUGAAAAGAACAAAGCCAUCAAUGCUGUUCAAAAACAAAUUGGAUUGAAAUUCAAAGCCAAGGAAGACGCCAGUGAAUUAGUUGCAGAAAAGGAUAAAUUGACUGAAGAAAAGAAACAAUUAUCUGAAUUAGAACAAAAAACUGAUAAUGAUUUAAGAUUUAAAGUCAAUCAAGUUGGUAACAUUGUUCAUGAUAGUGUUGUUGAUUCUCAAGAUGAAGAAAACAAUGAAUUAGUCAGACUUUGGAAACCAGAAAAUUAUAAAGAAGUCACCAAUGUUGCUGCUGCUACUGGAGCUCCAGCUGCUUUAUCUCAUCAUGAAGUUUUAUUAAGAUUAGAUGGUUACGAUCCAGAAAGAGGUGCCAGAAUUGUUGGUCAUCGUGGUUACUUUUUAAGAAACUACGGUGUUUUCUUAAACCAAGCUUUAAUCAAUUAUGGAUUAAACUUUUUAGCUAAGAAUGGUUAUACUCCAUUACAAGCUCCUGUUAUGAUGAAUAAAGAUGUCAUGGCUAAAACUGCUCAAUUAUCUCAAUUCGAUGAAGAAUUAUAUAAAGUCAUUGAUGGUGAAGAUGAAAAAUAUUUAAUUGCUACCUCUGAACAACCAAUUUCAGCUUAUCAUGCUGGUGAAUGGUUUGAAUCUCCUCAAGAGCAAUUGCCAGUUAGAUAUGCUGGUUAUUCAUCAUGUUUUAGAAGAGAAGCUGGAUCUCAUGGUAAGGAUGCUUGGGGUAUUUUUAGAGUUCAUGCUUUUGAAAAGAUUGAACAAUUUGUUUUAGCUGAACCAGAUAAAUCAUGGGAAGAAUUUGAUAGAAUGAUUGGUUUAUCUGAAGAAUUUUAUAAAUCUUUAGGUUUACCAUAUCGUGUAGUUGGUAUUGUUUCAGGUGAAUUAAACAAUGCUGCUGCUAAGAAAUAUGAUUUAGAAGCAUGGUUCCCAUUCCAAAAGGAAUAUAAAGAAUUAGUUUCAUGUUCAAAUUGUACUGAUUAUCAAUCUAGAAAUUUAGAAAUUAGAUGUGGUAUUAAACAACAAAAUCAAACUGAAAAGAAAUAUGUUCAUUGUUUAAAUUCAACUUUAAGUGCUACUCAAAGAGCCUUAUGUUGUAUUUUAGAAAAUUAUCAAAAGGAAGAUGGAUUUGUUGUUCCUGAAGUGUUAAGAAAGUAUAUUCCAGGUGAACCAGAAUUUAUUCCUUUCACUAAAGAUUUACCAAAGAACUCUACUUCUCAAAAGAAGAAAGGUAAGAACUAAGUUAGUUUAACGUUAGAUUUCUACUUAAACCACUUACGUAUAUAUAAACAUACAUACAUACAUAUAAACAAAGUCAUAAACUAAUAAAUGAAUGUUAAACAAACCUGUAUUUUAUAAUUAGACCAAUUGAAACUGUAGAAUGACAGAAUGCCGGUUAAAACCUUAAUUAUAUAUAGUUAACGAAUCCUGAAAUUGGGAGGAUUCUUGGAAAUUCCCCAUUGGGAUAAAGU